AUGGCGUCAACUGCCAUACCAACCGCUUCUCCUACCUCCGCUGCAAGUCUCACUCAGAUCCGUGCCCACAUUCCUCUCACUCUUGACAUGAACAAGAUGAAUUAUGAUUCUUGGCGCAUCCUCUUCGAAACUCAUUGCUUCAGCUUCUCUCUCACAGGCCAUAUCGAUGGCUCUUUUAUCCCCACCGGACCAACAGACACUAACUGGAAACAACUCGAAAACACAGUCAAGAUGUGGAUCUACGGUACUAUAUCUGAAUCUCUUCUCAACUCAGUUCUGAAAACUCAAUGCUCCGCUCGUGAACUCUGGCUCAAGCUUGAGAACUUAUUCCGCGACAACAAAGAGGCGCAGGUGAUUCAACUGGAAAACGAACUCUGCACUCUCACGAUUGGUGAUCUUCCUGUUCAUGACUACUGUCAAAAGCUGAAAUCCAUCUCCAAUACACUCGCCAAUGUCGACUCUCCAGUUUCUGAUCGUGCCUUAGUAAUGCAUCUUCUCAAUGGCCUUACCUCCAAAUUUGAUAACAUUAUCAAUGUUAUCAAACAUCGCUCACCACCCUGCUCAUUCAAAGAUGCCAGAUCCAUGCUCAUUGAUGAAGAAUCUCACCUCAAGACCAAACGUCCCUCCGUCCCCAACAAUGAUGACAACGCUUCAUCAUCUCAGGUUCUCCUCACCAUGACGCCUCAUCGUCAGUCUCAACCUUUUGUUUUUCCUCCUACACAAGACUACAACAAUAAUAGUUACAGAGGCGGUCAUCGCAAUAACAGGGGAAAUCGUGGUGGUCGUCAAGUGCCUCAACAACGUGGUGCUGUAUAUCUAACUCAGACCUCCCAACCACACAUUCAAGGACCAGCACCAAUGAAUCAAGCUUUCAUACCAACUGCUCUGCCUAGUGCAUUCAAUACAAUGACGUUACACGAUCCAACAGAUUCUGGAUGGUACAUGGAUACUAGUGCCACUGCACAUCUUACAUCACAACCAGGUUACCCAACCAACCAUAGUGGCUACCGUUGUUUGGAUCUGCAAACCAAACGAAUCAUUUUGUCCCGCCACGUCAUUUUUGACGAAAACUCAUUCCCCUAUCAAUCCUCUGUUUCUGAAACUUGCUCGUCACCAUCAUCUCACAAUAUCUUCACUUAUCCACCUCUCCAAUCUCUUUCCCCUGCACUUACUCAUCAACCCCCAACUUGUUCUACUGCUCCACGUCUCACCACUAUUCAACCAUCACCGACUCCAUCUACUCAACCAUCACCGAAUCCAUCUACUCAACCUUCUACCUCUGUUCUACCCUCAUCAACAGUCACGACAACAACAUCCUCUUCUCAGCCCACCCACUCUACUCAUCCUUCUACCUUUGGUCAACCCUCAACGGUCCCGACUACAACAUCCUCCUCUCAGCCCGUCACUUUGAUUCGUCCUUCUCCCUCGGUUCAAACGUUGUUAAUGGGCACGGCAGCUGCCCAUGCUCCUCCUCCUCAACCUCCUCAUGUCAUUCAAACUUGGAGUCGUAGUGGUAUUAGUAAAAAGGAACAGAUUUUCUCUCUUCAUACUGACACGAUUUCUCCUCUCCCACUCUCUCAUGUCCAAGCUGCAAAAGAUAAGUAUUGGAACAAUGCCAUGCAGGAUGAAUAUGAUGCUCAAAUUGCAGCUGGGACGUGGACAAUAGUCCCACGGCCCUUAAAUACUAAUAUUGUGCGUUCUAUGUGGCUUUUUAGACACAAAUUUAAUGCAGAUGGACAGCUCUCUAGAUACAAAGCUCGACUGGUCGCCAAUGGAAAAUCACAGCAAAUUGGAAUUGAUUGUGAUGAAACCUUCAGCCCCGUAGGCAAGCCCGCCUCAAUUCGUACCGUUCUUCAAGUUGCUGUUUCUCUUGAUUGGCCUGUUCAUCAACUAGACGUAAAAAACGCUUUCCUAUACGGUGAUCUUGACGAGACAGUCUAUAUGCAUCAACCUCCUGGAUUUGUUGAUCCCACUCGGCCUACACAUGUGUGUCUCCUCCGCAAGUAUCUUUACGGCCUAAAACAAGCGCCUCGGGCUUGGGACAACAACGGGAUGUUCUUGAGCCAACAAAAUUACGCUGUGGACAUCAUACAUCGGACAGGGAUGACAAACUGCAACUCUACCUCAACACCGGUUGAUACGUCUUCGAAACUUCCCGCUGCGGUUGGAACACCUGUUGCAGACCCCACACUUUACCGUAGUCUCGCUGGUGCCCUCCAAUACCUUACAUUCACACGCCCUGACAUAGCCUAUGCAGUUCAACAAGUUUGCCUCCAUAUGCAUGAUCCACGUGAGCCUCACCUUAAUGCUCUCAAACGAAUAAUCUGCUACAUAAAGGGCACCAUCACACACGGUGAUAUAGGAUCCGGACUCACUCCGCAAUCUUAUAAACAAACGGUGAUCAAGAACUGA